CAACAACAAAAGAAGGAGCAGUCGGGAGGAAACGGACUGAAGGGGGAAAAAAAGGAAACCUGCACUGUGACUCCCGAUGUGCAGCCCUUAAAUUAACGUUUUUUUAUAUUUUAUUUCUUCCGCGAAGAAACCUCACGUUUUUCUAUUUUUCGAAAAGUAACGCGUCUACCUCAGUUUUAAGGAUUUUAACCAACCGUUGGCGUUUACAACCGUUUUUUCUGCCUGCAGGCCUUGUUUUGUACUUUUUUGCACUCGUCACAGCGACCCAUUGAGCGAUGUCCAGCCAGUGUCUGCUGUCCCGCAGAUGAUCCAUGACCACACCUUAUUGAUGCACUUUAGCACCUUUCCGACGCCUUCCCCCAGCCGUGAACCCCGCAGCUGAUGACCAAAGUGCGUGCCACGCCUCUCCGCCGUCGCCCCGAGCCGCGCGCCUCCCCCCAGCCCCUCCCUCAGCCUCACGCCCCCGCGGGACGUCCAGGGAUGUUCCAGAGGUUCACCAGCGCUCUGUUCGGGGACGACGCGGAGGAGCUGAGUCGAUGCAGCGGGCCUGGAGACGGCCAGGAGGAAGAGGAGGACGAUGACGAAGACUGGAUCUUGGUCAACUACCUAGCUGAAGCCUGCUCCGCUCAGUGUGGUGACGGCCGCUCUGGAUCCACCGUUGGUCCUGAGGAGGACGAGGAGGACGAGGAGGACAUGGUGAUGGUCCCCUCCCCCAUGGCCAGCCCCGCCAUCCGCUACGCCUCCUGCAUCUCCCUCAACUCCACGGCUGACACCGACCCGGACGGUGGGGCAGAGGAGGAGGACGAGGACGAAGAGGACAACGGGGAAGAAGGGGAUAGCGGCUUCCUCCGUCUGGACGCUGGCUCUCUGGAGGAGAGCUGGUUCGUCACGCCGCCGCCCUGCUUCACCGGCCGCGGCAGCCAGCCCGGCCUCCUGGAGACCAGCCCUCUGGAGAACCUGCUGAUCGAGCACCCCAGCAUGUCCGUCUACGCCCACCACAGCACCCCCAGGCUGACCCUCGACACCCUGCCGCGCUCCCUCGACCUGGAACUGGGCUUGUUGCCUGAAGACGCGCCCGCCGCCCUGACACCCUCCGCUGGGAAGGAGAAGGGCAGACGCACUCUGGACGGCCCUCGUCACAGGCCGGAGGUUGCGGUGGUCCAGCGUCGCUCCAACCUCCACUCAGCCUGCUACGUUGCGGCGCUCUCCGCCCGCGCCGGCCUCCUGCAGCAGCGCUCUGGUAACGCCACCCAACGCACCCAACCGCUGUCCCGCAACGCCCUGCGACGCCUCAACCUGCUGCGCCCCCCGAAGGCCAGCACCAAGCACCUGCACCAGCCCAGCCAGAGACACCUCAACUACUGAGGCGUCCGGAUCACCUUCAUCAUCAUCAUCAUCAUCAUCAUCAUUAUCUUCAUCUUCAACCUCCAUCCUGUAAGCAUUAUGGGAAACUGACAUUGGCCACCGCAAGAAAUCCACACCAGCAACGUGUCUUCAGCCAUUAGUCACGCCCCGAUCUGUUCUCACAUCUGAUUGGACGGUGAAAUAGGGAAAGUGGCUGGUGAUUUUUAUUUUAUUUUAUCAGCUCAUGUGGCCAGUUGGUGCAAAGUUUCCCCUCUUCUCCAUCCAUCCAUCCUCUUCAUAUUGAUGGUAUAUGAUGAUGUUAUCAUCAUGUGUCCCCAGACAUGUCCUCCUCCUAUCACCUUCGUUUUAUUCUCCCUCUGCUGGACCAGUUUGCGUCCAAUCACAGAGAGGAAGAGAUUUCACGAUGUUGUCCUCUCUUUCUCCUUCCCGUUCCUAUUCUCCUCUUCAUCCAUCCAUCCAUCCUCCUUCAUAUUGAUGUUGAAAAGAAAAGAUUUAUCAUCAUCAUGUGUCCCCCAAACCUGUCCUCCUCCUAUAAUCCUUGUUUUACUCUCCCUCUGCUGGACCAGUUUGCGUCCAAUCACAGAGAGGAAGAGAUUUCACAAUGUUGUCCUCCAUUUCUCUUUCU